ACCUGCCUGAGGGAUAUUUAGUUCCCUUCGCUAUAGCACAAGUUGUGCCCCAGAGUCCUGUACUCUAGGUUCCCCUGGCCUCAGACAUGGCUCAUCUGGUCCUGCCUGUCUUCCUUGUGCUUAGUUUCUCCUUACUCUGCUGCAGCCGUCCAUCUCGCACAAAGAAAGCUGUUUCGCCCCGCCAGUCUGGAGCUGCAGAGGAUGAGGAUGUGAAAACCCAGAUUGAGAAGUUGUGGCAGGAGGUGAACUUACUGAAAGAGAUGCAAGCGUUGCAGACAGUGUGUCUUCGGGGAAUCAAAGCACAUAGGAAGUGCUAUCUUCUAAAUGAGGAGCCCAAACAUUACCAUGAGGCAAACGAAGACUGCAUUGCUCAGGGAGGGACCCUUGCGACACCACGAGAUAUGAUGGAAAACAAUGAGGUGAGGGACUAUGCAAAGAGAAGCAGCCCAGGAAUCAGGGACUUCUGGAUCGGCGUGGCAGACAUAGUGAAGGAAGGCCAGUAUGUUGAUGUCAACAGCAUGCCAGUCAGCUUCUUCAACUGGGAUCGUUCCAAGAAGCAGCCGACGGGGACAAAAAGAGAGAGCUGUGUUGCUCUUUCCCUGACUGCUCAGGGAAAGUGGUAUGAUGAGGUAUGCCGCAGCCUGAAGAAGUACGUCUGUGAAUAUGUUAUUCCCUGAAGGAGACAGGGGUCUUGCUGGUAAUUUAAAUACAGCUUUUUGUGUUUUUUAACUAACUAAUUGACAGGAAAUCAACAAUUCACGAGAAAUGUUGAAUUACUGCUGCUAAGCUUCAACAAAACGCAGUAACUCUACACAGGAUAAGUAAAUGAAAGAUUUUCUGGAUAUCAACAAUAUGUGGCAAAUUUCUGUUUGGGGUCCACACAGAAUAUAAUGACUGAAUAUCAUAAGAAAUAAUCAAUUCUGGAAAAAAAAAAUUGUAAACUAAAUAAA